AUGUCUUUCCAGAACUUCGAUACCUUCCCCAACCAGGACGCUGCCGCCGCUGGUGGUGCGCCCCCUCAGGCUGACACCACCAUGACCGGUCAGCCUGACAACAACGGUGCUCCUUUCCAGGGUGCCGCUGGUGAUGCCGCGUCUGCCUCUGGCCCUCAGCAGGGCGCUGAUGGCAAGACCACCCUUUGGAUGGGUGAGCUUGAGCCCUGGAUUGAUGAGAACUUCAUCCGCAACCUCUGGUUCCAGAUGGGUGAGCAGGUCAACGUCAAGAUGAUCCGCGACAAGUUCUCUGGGAGCAACGCUGGAUACUGCUUUGUCGACUUCGCCUCCCCCGCUGCUGCUGCCAAGGCUCUCUCGCUGAACGGUACCCCCAUGCCCAACACCAACCGCGUUUUCAAGCUGAACUGGGCCACUGGUGGCGGUCUUGCUGAUCGCAGCCGUGAUGACCGUGGCCCCGAGUUCUCCAUCUUCGUUGGUGACCUCGGCCCCGAGGUCAACGAGUACGUUCUGGUCUCUCUGUUCCAGAGCCGGUUCCCCUCUUGCAAGUCUGCCAAGAUCAUGACCGAUCCCAUCUCCGGCAUGUCUCGUGGCUACGGUUUCGUUCGCUUCUCUGAUGAGAACGACCAGCAGCGUGCUCUUACUGAGAUGCAGGGCGUUUACUGUGGCAACCGCCCCAUGCGUAUCUCCACCGCGACCCCUAAGAACAAGGGUCCCGGUGUUGGUGCUGCCAACAUGGGUGGCAUGCCCGGCCCCGCUGGCAUGUACCCUCCUAUGGGUGGUCCCCCUAUGGGUUUCUACGGUGCUCCCCAGCCCAUGAACCAGUUCACUGAUCCUAACAACACCACCGUCUUCGUUGGUGGUCUGUCUGGCUAUGUCACCGAGGAUGAGCUUCGCUCUUUCUUCCAGGGCUUCGGAGAAAUCACCUACGUCAAGAUCCCUCCUGGCAAGGGCUGCGGUUUCGUUCAGUUCGUCCAGCGCCACGCCGCCGAGAUGGCCAUCAACCAGAUGCAGGGCUACCCCAUUGGUAACUCUCGUGUCCGCCUCAGCUGGGGCCGUUCCCAGAACAACUCCGGCCCUGCUGGCAGCCCCUAUCGCCCGGCUCCCCCUCCUCCUCCCAUGUACCCCUCCAUGGGCAUGCCCCCCACUCACCAGUACGGCGGGUUUGCCCCAAUGAAGGUUAGCAGUCACCCCGGCAGCCCGGCCCCCGAACUCUCCUAA